AUGGCGACAGCCCCAGCAGCACGACUCGGGCGAAAACAAGUGAUUCACGUGACGGAUGUCGACAGGGCGAGGAAGGAGCUGGAUGAGAUAUCGAAGGCGUCCCCCGCCAACGCACCAUCCAUCGAUCAAAACGGUGAUGCUUCGUGGGGGCCUGUUGUCUUGUGCGAAGCCAUCACGUGGAAUGAUUUCGAGCGAUGGCUCAAUGCCAACGAAGGACGAGUGCGACGGUGGGUCUUUGAGCCUCUGGCUGAUAUGCCGGACAAGGGAAGAGUGGUCAUCUACAGCAUUCCAUCGGUCGUUCACGGAAGGACAUCCGAUGAGAUCUAUCGGUCGAUUCUCAUGCAAAUCGCAUUGGCUGGAAAUGACACGCGCCUCAUCACUACUGUGGAAGGGCCAAUUGUCACUUGUCGGACGGGAGACCAUGGUCAAGAACCAGAUGCUUGCGUUACUCCUGUGGGUCUGGCGGUUGGAGGAGCGGUGUUGGCGGCUAGAGGAGGCUUUCCAUAUCCCAACGUCAUCGUCGAAGUGGCCUACAAGAACGACUCCCAAGAACGACUUCGUGCCAAACUCGACCGUUGGAUGAGUGACACUACUUCUGUCCAAGUAGCAAUUGGAAUCAAGAUCGAUGCUGCUACCCCGAGACGAGUAGCUAUCUUGCUCCAACGUGGUCAACCAGUUAUGCCACCUCUGGAGUUUGGACAUCCUGCGCCAGGCCCGCUUCAGAUUUCGUUCCCCUUCGCAUCUGUGUACGCUGGUGUUGCGUUGCCACCUGCGUUGGCUGGUCUCGGCAAUACCCUGAUUUCGAUUGAUUUGAUUCAGUUGCGAACUGUGAUUGAUGAAGCCAUCGGGCAAGACAUGCCUGCAGCUCAGUAA